UAUCCGUUGUUCCCGCCAAAAGAACUAACUGCCGGAACCGGAACUCAACGGACGUACUCAGUCGCAGGCAGGGAGAGCCUCCAUCUCCAUGAACGCUCUCUCGAAGCUCGACAUGUCCAUGGUACCGUCUCUAUUAUCUCCCUGCAGCAGAUUAAACCCUGAUCCGAUCAUUGGAUAUUCUCUUCGAGCGAACUUCGGUCCACUGAAAUCCUCGACUUCGUCCUCCCCUGAAGCCCAGACCCUGACCCAGGGAUCCUCCCUGCUCCAAGAGAUAACCCGACUCUGUGACUCCAAGAAACUAUCUGAAGCAUUUACCCUUCUUCAAGAACACUCCAAAGAUGAAUCAUUUAAUCCACUUGACCAUGCAUCGGCGGUUGGUUGUCUUCUGCAAGCUUGCGGGCAUGAGAGGGACAUCGAGAUUGGGCGAAAAGUUCACAGCUUGAUCACCAUGUCGGGACAGCACGAUGAUGAUGGUGUUGUUAGCAACUGUCUCAUUACAAUGUACUCGAUGUGCAGGUCCCCUUUAGAAUCCCGUUUGGUCUUCGAUAAUCUACGGGAAAGGAAUUUGUUCCAGUGGAAUGCAAUGGUUAGUGGGUACACCAGGAACGAGCUUUAUGACGAUGCCCUGGAGCUAUUCAUCGAGUUUGUGUCGGUCACAGAGUUUAAGCCCGAUAGCUUUACUCUGCCCUGUGUGGUCAAGGCAUGUACGGGGCUUUUGGAUGCAGAGUGGGGCCGGGGAAUCCAUGGAAUGGCGGUGAAGAUGGAGUUGAAUGGGAAUGUGUUUGUGGGAAAUGCAUUGAUCGCAAUGUAUGGAAAAUGUGGAUAUAUCGAGGAUGCACUCCAGUUGUUCGAGAAAAUGCCUGAUAGAAAUUUGGUCUCCUGGAAUUCCAUGCUAUGCGUGUUCCCUGAGAAUGGGAUUUCUCAAGAUAGCUACCAUUUAUUCAUGGAGAUGUUGGAGGAAGGUUUUGUACCUGAUGUUGCAACACUGGUGACCGUAUUACCUGUCUGUGCAAAUGAAGGCGACAUUGAGAUUGGGAUGAUUCUUCAUUCCAUGGCAGUGAAACUCGGUUUGAGUCGAGAAUUAAAGGUGAAUAAUGCCCUAUUAGACAUGUACUGCAAGUGCGGGCACGUCCUGACAGCUGAAAUUUUGUUCAACAAUUUGGAUCAAAAGAAUGUAGUUUCGUGGAACUCCAUGAUUGCAGGUUACUCGAGGGAAGGAGAUAUCUUGAGAACUUUUGGUCUCCUGAGGAGAAUGCAGCUGGAAGAGGAGAAAAUAAUGGCAAAAGAGGUCACCAUUUUGAAUGUCUUACCAGUUUUCUCGGAUAAGUCAGAGAUAAUGAGUUUGAAGGAAGUUCAUGGAUGUGUAUUUAGGAAUUAUUUCCAAUUCAAUGAAAUGGUAGCAAAUGCUCUGAUUGCAUCUUAUGCAAAUUGCAAGUCCUUUUGUUCCGCUGAGCUUGUCUUCUAUGGAAUUGAUGACAAGACAACAAGCACUUGGAAUGCACUUAUUAGUGGCUAUGCCCAGAAUGGACAGUCCAUGGAAGCAGUAGAGUCCUUCCAUCAGAUGACAGCUUCGGGCCUAGAACCCGACUCUUUUACUAUCGGUAGUAUCAUUCUUGCUUGCACCCACUUCAGAUCUCUGCUAUGGGGCAAAGAAAUUCACGCCUAUAUGCUGCGGAAGGGUUUGGAGUCAGACACAUUCAUCAUAACGUCUCUGCUAUCGCUUUACACCCACUGCCAGAAAUUAGUAUAUGCAAGGAAUUUAUUCGAAAGGAACGAAAAUAAAGAUAUCGUCCAUUGGAAUGCGAUUAUAUCAGGCUGCUCCCAGAAUGGGUAUCUCAAUGAAGCCUUGGCACUAAUCCGACGAAUGCUUUCUGAUUCGAAAAAGCCCCAUCCGAUUGCUCUCUCCAGCAUAUUCGGGGCCUGUUCACAGCUCUCAGCGCUUAGGCUUGGGAGACAACUCCACUGCUAUGCCCUGAAAAGCUCCCUGAUGGAGGACUUACAUGUUGGUUGUUCGAUUAUAAAUAUGUAUGGCAAAUGCGGAUCCAUUGAACAGUCUCUCAAAGUUUUUAAGCAGGUAGAGAGAGGAGUUGUAUCAUAUAAUGUAAUUAUUGCAGCACUUGCGAUUCAUGGACGUGGUAAGGAAGCAGUGAAACUCUUUGAAGAGAUGCGAAAGUUCGAGAUCGAGCCUGAUGAGUUUACAUUCAUUGGUCUCUUAAUGGCGUGUAGCCACUCUGGUAUGGUAGAUGAAGGUAUUAUGUAUCUCACACAUAUGAGAAGAAUUUACAGUCUAAAGCCAAAGUUGGAGCAUUAUGCGUGUGCCGUAGACAUGCUGGGUCGUGCUGGGAGAGUUGCUGAAGGCUUGAAGCUAAUAGACGAGAUGGAUGAGGAGCCCGAUGUUGGUAUCUUGAGCUCAUUGCUUAGUUGCUGCAGGAUUUACGGUAAUUUGGAUACGGGAGAGAAAGUUGCUAGGAGAUUACUGGAAUUGUACCCAAAGAGAUCAGAAAGUUAUGUGUUGCUCUCUAAUAUGUAUGCUAAAUUAGGUAGGUGGGAUGACGUGAGAAGGGUAAGAGCAAUCAUGAAGGAGAAUGGUGUCCGGAAAGAGGUGGGCUGCAGCUGGAUCGAAGUUGGGGGAAAGGUUUACAGCUUUGUUGUUGCUGAUAAUUCGCACCGAGAAAUUGAGAAAAUCCGAGAAACGUGGAGAAGCCUAGAGGAGAAAAUACGUGAAGUUGGGUAUGAACCCGACUUAGAUUCCGUGCUUCAUGAGUUGGGGCCAGAAGAGAAGGUCGACAUUCUGCGGGGUCACAGUGAGAAGCUAGCCAUUUCUUUUGGGUUGUUGCGGACUAAGGCAGGCACGACCCUGAGAAUCUGCAAGAAUCUAAGGAUAUGCGUGGACUGUCACAGAGCGGCCAAGGCGAUCUCAAAGGUUGUCGGGAGGGAGAUAAUCGUGAGAGAUAACAGGCGGUUUCAUCACUUUAGGGAUGGGUCCUGUUCAUGUGGAGACUAUUGGUAGAAGGAGAAAGAGAUCAAUCGUUAUCAAAUUGGAGAUUUGCAAUGGUUUCAAUGUAAUUGCUUUCAGCCUCUUUCAGCUGGGUUUCGAAUAUUCAGCGCGGAGAAGUAGGAAUUUGCAAGUGCGGUUAGUCUGCAGUAUAUAUUCAACCUCUGGUUGCAGAAGCUGGACCAGUUAGAUAUAGGAACUCUGGUAGUUCGGGCAGCUGCCGAACUGCCCUCUAUUUAACGGAUUACCGAUCAUUGUUUCUGGAAAGACUGCUCGAUCCUGUUGUUGAACUGUACAGAUUUGCAGCGAAGCACAACUACAGGAAGACCUGCUCCUCAAGACCCGAUUUGAAAGUAGCUGUUUCCAUGGAAAUACUGGAACAACAUUCUGUAAUGGCUGGUUUGAUCAUCUCUAUAAUAUUCACGAGCAGCCUCUGUUGGUCCGGGUUCGGAAGGUCUUAAUCCCGAGCUGAUGUUUGUAGUCACAAUUCCUUUUCUUCAUUUAAGAACAAAUCCGACUGACACGGAAAACGGCGGUGGAUCUGAACACUUGAAAAACUGAGACGAUUGCAGAUUAGAAGAAUAUAUGUUCGGAUUUGAAGCAAGGGAACAAACUGUGCUGUGUUCCUCGAAGUUAUGGUCAUGUUCAUGUGACAAUGUCUAAUAAAGGCACACCAACUUUUCUUCCCUCGAACCCAUCGAGGGUUUGAAC